CAACAGUUAUCGUUCUCUUAUAUAAUAGAAGCCCCUAACCAGCUAAACCCUCAUUCCUUAUAAAACCCCGAACUCGCCGCCGCCUACAUUUGACAACGGCCACCAUGCCUCGCCGAAGCUCCGGAAGGUCUGCUUCUCGCCCAGCCCCUCGUCCUGCUCCGGCACGCAGCCCACCACCUCAACCAGCUCAACAUGCACCUCCUCCAGCCCCUGGUCAAAGUGGAGGUGGGGGAUCCCUUCUUGGAGGCAUAGGCUCAACCAUAGCUCAGGGCAUGGCUUUUGGCACUGGAAGUGCUGUGGCCCACAGGGCUGUCGAUGCUGUUAUGGGUCCUCGUACUAUUCAACAUGAAACUGUGGUUUCUGAGGCUGCCACCGCCCCUGCACCAGUGGCCACUGCCAAUAGUUUUACUGGGUCUGAUGCAUGCGGCACACACUCUAAGGCUUUCCAAGACUGCCUGAACAGCUCUGGAAACGAAAUCAGCAAGUGCCAAUUCUACAUGGAUAUGCUGUCCGAGUGCAGGAGGAACUCAGGAUCAAUGUUGGGUGCCUAAAUUUAUGCCCACAUUUAUUGCUCAUUCAAUGGGAUGUUAGAUCUGGACUUCACUUUUGUUCAUCUAUGUUUCCCUUUUGUUGAUGAUAAAGCUGAACAACUCCCCUCAAUGAUUCAAUAAUAUCUAUGAAUACUCUUAAGUGAAUACUUAUUUUUA